GCCUGAGGUAAAUGGGUAUUGGUGCAAAGAAAUAAUAAAAAAAAGUGAAUUUAGAGCUAACGGCACUCGCUUUCAUUUAUCAGUUCAGUUAGGUUAAAAAAACAUCCUACAGCAUGUAUAAUAGAGUAAAUAGGCGUCUUCAACAAGCGCUGACGGGUAAAGAUCUGGGCGUGAGUUACAGGUAUGAGAUCAUUGCAACAUCGCUGUUCCUCUCAACAGAGGUGCAACGGUGUUUGCGUGUUAAGAGUUUAAAAUGAAUCAUGUUUCUCUCUUCUGGAGUGUAUAACCAUACGGAUAUCGUCACAAAAUAGUUUUCUGGUUGACGUCUGGAUAACGUUACCUCUCAAACAAUUAAACCACAGCAGAUCGUAGACACUGAGUGUUGAUAUGGUUUCUCCUUAUGGCCAUAAACAGAUAAUGGACCAUGUUAAGUGAAAUUCAAAAAAUGGCACCGCCACCACCUCCGCCGCCUCCUCCACCACCACCUCCUCCUCCGCCACCCCCUCCUCCUCCUCCACCACCCCCUGACGUCUUCCCUGAUGGAGGCCAACUAACCAGAGGUCCGGCAAGGGCCUCCAAAAUGCGUAACUUUAAUUGGGAGGCCAUACCUAAGGACACCGUGCUUGGCAAACAUAACAUAUGGACAUCCGAGAAGAACAAAGAUUUUGACGUGGACACCAAACGUAUGGAGGAGCUCUUCAGCCGCAAUGAUCAGAAUCAGAUCCAGGCCACAAAACGGCGUAGUAUACGGCAAUCCCCGACCAACGGCACAGGACCUGAAGUGGUGUACAUUCUCAACCCCAAGAAGAACAUGAAUAUUGGUAUUUUCCUCAAGCAGUUUAAAAGGUCAGUGAAUGAAAUGAUUGACGACAUCAUUAACUGUAAAAGAGAAGGAUUUGGUUCUGGAAAACUAAAGGAGUUAUGCAAACUGCUGCCAGAAGAUGUAGAGGUGCGGAAACUUCUUGAUUUUAAAGGAGACUAUUCGACUCUGUCUGAGGCAGAUCGGUUCAUGGUUCAACUUGUCAAGGUCCCAUGCUAUGAGGAACGAUUAAACUGUUUAGUCCUCAAAGAGGAAUUCCCACAUUUCAUGGAAGAGGUGAAUCGUUCAAUUGAAAUCAUGACUGCUGCUGGAAAAGAGCUGUUGGAUUGCACUGAUCUACAUUCGGUCAUCCGACUGGUCUUAAAAACAGGAAACCACAUGAACUCUGGAGGGUAUGCCGGCAGUGCCGUGGGAUUUCGUAUGACCUCUCUUCUGAAAUUAGCUGAUACUAAAGCCAACAAGCCUGGGAUGAAUCUCAUGCACUAUGUUGUUAUGCAAGCCCAGAAUAUAGACGCAUCAUUGCUGAAAUUCCCAGAACAGCUUGGGCACAUUGGUGAUGCAGCACGGAUACAUAAACAGGAAAUAGAGGCUGAAUUCCAAAAGGAAGUGAGUAAAGUCCAGGUGUCAAAACAAAACGCUGAAAAACAGCCAGAUCUGGCAGAACAGAUGAGGGAUUUUCUGCAGGAUGCAGAUAUUAAAUUACAGGAGACUGAGGCCUCCUUCAAGAAUCUUGCUUCUGUGAGUGACUCUGUGGCAGAGUAUUUCUGUGAGGAUCCAUCUCAGUUUAAACUAGAAGAGUGUUGCUCCAUAUUCUUCUCCUUCUGUGAAAAGUUCAAAAGAGCAGUUCAGGAGAAUCUCGAAAGAGAGAAGGUGGAGGUGAAGCGCAGGCAAAGAGAGCGUACCCAGUGUGCUACCAAACGACGCUCAACUGCCACCUGCUCCAUGCUGGAUAAAGACAUUGAGGGAGUUGCGCUGGAGUCCAUCCUGCAGGGGUUUCUCAACCAGCAGGGACCCCGCCGCCGAACUGGGAACAUUUCGCCCGCUCGGAGCAGUCUUGCCGAAAUCACCUCGUUGGAGAACUGCUCCCCCACAAACAGAGACGUCAAGAGGAAUAGUUGGAUCAAAAAUUCUUUUCAGUCCCCCUUGGCCGCCAAAGAAGAGACACCCAAGCAACCAGAGAUCAGAAGGUCUGGCCGUCUGUGGAAAAGGGACGCUAGUUUGAGAGUUUCGGUGACCAUGGAACAGGACGAAGAAAAUGUCCAGACAGAAGAAGAGGUGAAGAAUAUGAGAGAGGUGUCACGCAAAGUUUUGCAAUACCAAUCUAGUCGGGGUAGCAUUUCUUCUGCUGAGACACUUUCGCCGGUCCAUUCACCAAGGCAAACGGUUUUCCAUGAAGAAGGCAAACCGUUGCUGAUAAUGUCUGUUGAAGAAAACACUUCUAAAUCGAGUAAUAACCCUGUACCUCUGCUGCAGAACAUCCAGAACAUCGGCCGCAGGCACACUAUUGCGUUACCGGAGGCUAGUUGUGGGAAUAUCAGUAUGGAGGACAUAUUUGUUCCCUGCAGAUUAAGCGGAACGCCGGCUCCACCUAUUGGUAGUAUUGGUAAAAUGAAGUCUGUGGAUUGUGGUUUGCUCACCACACAGCAAUGCUCUCCAGAAACGGUUAAAGAGUCCAUAGAGAAGCUACUUAAUUCUCAAGAGGAAUCACAGUCAUCACAAUCUACUCAUUUAUUGGAGUCACAGUCUGCUGAUAAAUCACAAUCUAUUGAAUUGUCUCAAUCAACUGAAUCAGAUGCAAAGAUAGAGGAGACAGAGCGUAGUUUGCCGGCUGACGGCGGAAAGAAGCCGAACGACCAAACCGUACCAUCCAGAAACACUAAAGAGACCUUUAGUUUUAUGUCUUUGUUUAAGCGAUGGCGUGAAAAAGACAAAACAAUUGGUAAAGAGCUUAGAGAGUUUGAUUCUGAUAGCGUGGACCCAUGAAGUUACAUUUUGAUGUUGUCUUUGUGGAAGUAUAAAGCUUGGUGCUUUA